AAUAUUGAUUAUUGAAAGCAGCGAAAGCUUGUAAAGGAGGAGGAGAGGGGAGAAAAACGCGUUUGACCAUGUAAGGCAGCAAAAAGAAUCAAUAACCUACCCUCUCUCCCUCUCCCUUCUUCUUCUUCUUCUUCUUCUUCUUCUUCGUCUACCUACCUGUCAACCGUGUGAAAUUGAAAUCUGAUCCCUAUCCCCAUAAUCGCCAACGAUAUCGUAUUUUUUUUUUUUUUUGGGGGGUUUAAUCACCACAAACCCAAUUCCCCCUGACCCAAUUCGAAUUUCGGAUCGCUGUCUUUGUGAAUAUUGAUCUGAUCAUUCAUCUUCCGAUCAAGAAGAGAAGAGGGGUUUGAUUGGUUUGUUGGUUGGUUGGCUGGAGUUUGGAUUGGGUUUUUGUGUUGGUUCCGCUGGUGACAGCCAUGGCGGACUUAGUGAAGGAUCUCGCGAAACCAAUCCAGCUGGCGGACCAGGUGACGAAGGCCGCCGACGAGGCCUCCUCCUUCAAGCAGGAAUGCGGGGAACUCAAAUCCAAGACGGAGAAGCUCGCCGCCCUCCUCCGGCAGGCGGCGCGCGCCAGCUCCGACCUCUACGAGCGACCGACCCGUCGCAUCGUCGACGACACCGAGCAGGUCCUCGACAAGGCCCUCACCCUCGUCCUCAAGUGCCGGGCCAACGGCCUCAUGAAGCGCGUCUUCACCAUCAUCCCCGCUGCCGCCUUCCGCAAGAUGUCAUCCCAGCUUGAGAACUCCAUCGGCGACGUCUCCUGGCUCCUCCGGGUCUCCGCCCCCGCCGAAGAGCGCGACGACGAGUACCUGGGUCUCCCCCCAAUCGCAGCCAACGAGCCCAUCCUCUGCCUCAUCUGGGAACAGAUCGCCAUCCUCUGCACCGGUUCCCUCGACGACCGUUCCGAUGCCGCGGCUUCCCUCGUCUCCCUCGCCCGCGACAACGACCGCUACGGGAAGCUCAUCAUCGAGGAAGGUGGGGUAGUGCCGUUGCUGAAGCUGGUGAAGGAGGGCAAACUGGAGGGGCAGGAGAACGCCGCCCGUGCCAUUGGCUUGCUCGGCCGCGACCCGGAAAGCGUGGAACACAUGGUGCACGCCGGCGUCUGCUCUGUGUUUGCGAAAAUCCUCAAAGAAGGUCCUAUGAAAGUUCAAGCCGUGGUGGCCUGGGCGGUUUCUGAGCUCGCUGCCAAUUAUCCCAAAUGCCAGGAUCUGUUUGCCCAGAACAAUAUAAUCCGAUUGCUGGUUAGCCACCUCGCGUUCGAGACGGUUCAAGAACACAGCAAGUAUGCCAUUGCAAGCAAGGCUACCUCGAUCCAUGCUGUUCUAAUGGCCAGCAAUAAUAACAAUAACAAUAACAAUGAUAAUAAGGUGAACAAUACCAUCCCCAACAAUAAAGGUAACGACGAUGAUGAGAAGACCAGAAUUCCUCACCCUCUGGGGAAUGACAACCCCAACCAAAUGCACAAUGUGGUUACCACUACCAUGGCAUUGACAUCAUCCCAACCCAAGCCGUCCCAGAAUCAUAACAGCGUGAAGCAAAACUACAAUCACCAUAAUCAGCAUCAGCACCAGAACCAGCACCAGCAUGUUUCCCUUUCCGGGACUAGCAUCAAAGGGAGAGAGUUUGAAGAUCCCGGGACAAAGGCAGAAAUGAAAGCAAUGGCAGCGAGAGCCCUCUGGCUCCUUGCAAGGGAAAACUCGCCCAUUUGCAGGAGCAUCACCGAAUCGAGAGCUCUGUUGUGCUUCGCAGUCCUCAUGGAGAAAGGAGCUGAAGAAGUUCAAUUCAACUCGGCAAUGGCAUUGAUGGAGAUCACUGCAGUGGCUGAGCAAGACACUGAUCUGAGAAGAUCCGCAUUCAAGCCCAAUUCGCCAGCCUGCAAGGCCGUGGUCGACCAGCUGCUGCACAUAAUUGAAAAAGGUGAAUCUGACCUACUCAUCCCCUGCAUUAAGGCCAUUGGAAAUCUGGCGAGAACAUUUCGGGCAACUGAGACAAGGAUGAUCUGGCCUCUGGUUAUGCUUCUGGACGAGCGAGAGGCUGAGAUUUCCCGGGAGGCUUCCAUUGCCCUCACGAAGUUUGCAUGCACCGAGAAUUAUCUACACCUUGAUCACGCCAAAGCAAUAGUGGGUGCAGGAGGGGUGAAGCACCUAAUUCAGCUUGUGUAUUUUGGGGAGCAAAUGGUUCAAAUUCCUUCAUUGGUUCUCCUGUGCUACAUCGCACUGCACGUACCAGACAGUGAGGAACUUGCUCAGGCCGAGGUGCUCACCGUGCUCGAAUGGGCUUCAAAACAAGCCUCCAUGGUUCAGGAUGAAUUAGUGGAAGCAUUGUUAGUAGAGGCCAAAGGUAAGUUAGAGCUUUAUCAGUCAAGAGGUUCCAGGGGAUUCCAUUGAUGAUUCAAUCAAAGUAUGAUAUCCCCAAUUGUUGUUCGGGUGAAGCCAGAAGAAAAUUAAGUUUUUGGGGGCUUUCUGAUAUGUUAAUUCUCAUGGAGUGUAUAUACGGUUGUUAGUUGUUUUCUGUUAUUGUUGGGAGUUCCCAGUUAUUUAUAAUCAUUCUUCUUUUCAUGUUCUUCUUCCAUGGUGCAUCAAUUUGCCAAUUUUGGGGUUUUCAAAGAGACGAAGGUAUAUAAUAAUGGGCUUUAAGAAA